AUGGUGAACCCGUCGAGCUAUGAACCAAUCGUCGGAGAAGUUUAUACUGCCCAACCGGACAUUAAUGAUUCAGCGUUCCAAGCGUUUGGACAACGCGAGCGUCAAAGAUCGGAGAUUCCAUACUUUUGGUGUAUUCCAUGCUGUCUUAUCAUUGACUUCUGUGCAUGUUUUGUCGAAGUGUGCGGUGCAGUAUGCGCAUGCGAAGAAAUCGAUGACGUUGAUGAUUAA